CCGGCGCCGCCGCCGCCGCCGCCGCCCGUCGCGCGGGGUCCUAAAGCCGCGCGACUCAAGAGGAUGGUGCGCCUGGCCGCGGAACUGCUCCUGCUGCUGGGGCUGCUGCUGCUCACCCUGCACAUCACCGUUCUGCGCGGAUCCGGAGCCGCCGACCGGCCAGACGCGGCCGCGGGCAACGUCAGCGGGUCUCAGCUGCAGAAUAACCUCAACUUGGAGAGUGAUUCCACACCAGAAACCGGCUUUCCUCUGUCCAAAGAAGUCCCAGGGGAGCACCAAGUCCUCCACCAACCCUUCCCGAGACAGCGAUUCCCUCAAGAGACUGGGCAUCCUUCAUUGCAAAGAGACGGUCCCAGAUCCUUUCUUCUUGACCUACCAAACUUUCCAGAUCUUUCCAAAGCUGAUAUCAAUGGGCAGAAUCCAAAUAUUCAGGUCACCAUAGAGGUGGUCGACGGUCCUGACUCUGAAGCAGAAAAGGAUCAGCAUCCAGAGAAUAAACCCAGCUGGUCAGUCCCCGCUCCUGACUGGCGGGCCUGGUGGCAGAGGUCCUUGUCCUUGGCCAGGACAAACAACGGGGACCAGGACUACAAGUAUGACAGUACCUCAGAUGACAGCAACUUCCUCAGUGUUCCUAGGGGGUGGGACCGUCCAGCCCCAGGCCACCGGACUUUUGAAGCCAAAGAGCAGCCAGAAUAUGAUUCCACAGACGGUGAGGGUGACUGGAGUCUCUGGUCUGUCUGCAGCGUCACCUGUGGAAAUGGCAACCAGAAACGGACACGUUCUUGUGGCUAUGCAUGCAUUGCAACAGAAUCGAGGACCUGUGACCGUCCAAACUGCCCAGGAAUUGAAGACACUUUCAGGACAGCAGCCACCGAAGUGAGUCUGCUUACGGGAAGCGAGGAGUUUAAUGCCACCAAGUUGUUUGAAGUUGACAUGGACAGCUGUGAGCGAUGGAUGAGCUGCAAAAGCGAGUUCUUAAAGAAAUACAUGCACAAGGUGAUCAACGACCUGCCCAGCUGUCCUUGUUCCUACCCCACUGAGGUGGCUUACAGCACGGCCGACAUCUUUGACCGCAUCAAGCGCAAGGACUUCCGAUGGAAGGAUGCUAGUGGACCCAAAGAGAAACUGGAGAUCUACAAGCCUACUGCCCGGUACUGCAUCCGCUCUAUGCUGUCCCUGGAGAGUACCACACUGGCUGCCCAGCACUGUUGCUAUGGUGAUAACAUGCAGCUCAUCACCAGGGGCAAAGGGGCAGGCACGCCCAAUCUCAUCAGCACCGAGUUCUCUGCUGAGCUCCACUACAAAGUGGACGUUCUGCCCUGGAUCAUCUGCAAGGGCGACUGGAGCAGGUAUAAUGAGGCCCGGCCUCCCAAUAAUGGACAGAAGUGCACAGAGAGCCCUUCUGAUGAGGACUACGUUAAGCAGUUCCAAGAGGCCAGGGAAUACUAAAGCACUGCUGGUUUGGAGGCACAAAUGCACUGAUCUGCCAACUGUCACCCAGUUUUUUUAAUCCACGGUUUUGUAUAUUUGUAUAUUCCACAUGAGUAUUUUUCUAAGUACACUAGGGGUAUGCACCAGGUCUGGGGGACUGCUAUGUCCAUUGCCUACAAACCAUAUUGGAAGUCCUCCUAGUGGCUGUGUAGGCAGGAGGAGGAACCUGGGAACCAUAGUGGGUGUGAUUCAAUUCCCACCUCCAUCCAGUGCACAGGAGCAGAGAGACUGAAGUUGUAAACAUUAUAAGCGGUUUUUAUAUAUAACUUAUUUAAUACGAAUGUGACUUAAGCUUAACCUUUUCUCUGGAGUUGUCCUUGUAAAAAUUAUUUAAUCACUUCUGAGAGAGCUCAAAAAGGAAAGGACUUGGGGGAAUGGAGAGAAAAGGAAUUUUGCCGUGGAAAUGCAUCAAAUCAAGAAACCAGCCACCUUACACCUGGUGCUCUUGAGUCAUAGGGUGUUUGCUGGAGUCACAGAUUCCAACACUUUCUUGUCCUUAGACUAGGCAAGGGGUGGGUAGUAAGUGAAUGUUUAGAGUCAAAUCUAAGACAUGGUUUUAAAGGGCUUUAAAAUAAAUAAAUUUCCAGGGUGGCUCUGCUAAGGAACCCCAGCAGCAGCCUUUCUGCUCUGCCUAACAAGCUCAGAAGACUGAAGGAACUUCAGGCAUAAAGCCGGGAGCGGCACUUUCCAAAAGAAAAAAGCAAAGCAAGUGGGAAAAUAAUAUGGGCCCAUUUAGUCUAUUUUAUUUUAAUAUAACAACUUUUCUCCACCAAUAUAUUCCCAGGAAAUAAAUAUAAAAGGGGGUGGUGAGAGCUGAAGUCUGGGAAAUCCUGAUUUUUUUAUGUUUUGAGAAAAAAAACUGCAUUAUUUUUGUAAAGUAUUUAUUGAGUUAUUGGCUAUUUUGCAUUGUGCAGUUAGAAGAUGGUCCAGUUCUGUGGGGUAGAACUGGGAGGGCAGAUGAAAAGUUGGCUCUUAUGCAACCUUACCUGCAAAACUCCAGGAAAAGAGAUAUAUAAUAAAAUCAUAAUCAAAUGUG